GCCAUUCUGGAUGCAUUUAGAUGAACCUAGGAUGCAUCCAUUGAUAAAAAAAAAAAUGGUAAAAAACGAAAACGUAUAGACACAAUGUUGUACAAUGUUUAUGUAUCGAAAGUUUGAGAAUCACAAGAGUAGUUUUAACCUAUAAUUAAUUAAAAUGAAAUAUUAACAAGAGAAUUCUUGCCGUAUACCGUAAACAAUAUAAUGUAUUUAACUGUAUUAUCCAAGUAAAACUAUUCUAGCAUUAUGAACACUUAAUAACCCAAACAUGAGCAGUACAACCAAAAUGGCGGGUGAUACAAAAUUAUACGAUAUCACAGAUUUUUACAUAGGUUUAGGAUUAACAAUUAGUUCCAGCGGUUUUAUAGGUGCCAGUUUUAUUAUUAAGAAAAAAGCAUUGAUACGUCUCCAAAGAUAUGGUGGGUUACGAGCUUCAUCUGGAGGAUUCGGAUACUUAAAAGAAUGGAUAUGGUGGGCUGGUCUUCUUUCAAUGGGAAUAGGAGAAGCAGCAAAUUUUGCAGCUUAUGCUUUUGCACCAGCUUCGUUGGUUACGCCGUUAGGAGCACUCAGUGUUCUAGUAUCUGCAGUAUUAGCAUCAAAGUACCUGAAUGAAAAACUUAAUUUACUAGGAAAGAUUGGUUGCUUUUUAUGCAUUGUAGGUUCUACUACUCUUGUACUUCAUGCCCCAAAAGAGGAAGAAAUUAGUACACUAAACGAACUUUUAGAUAAAGUCAAGGAUACAGGAUAUGUUGUCUAUGUUUUAAUAGUAAUAAUAUACAGUCUUUUAAUAAUUUUUCAUUUUGGUCCUGCUUAUGGAAAGCAAAAUAUUAUUGUAUACAUCAGUCUGUGUUCAUCUAUCGGUUCUUUAACAGUUAUGAGUUGUAAGGGAUUAGGAUUGGCCUUAAAAGAAACCAUCAACGGAAUCAGUAACGGAUUUGCAAACUGGUUAACAUGGAUUUUUUUAUUUAGCGUCAUACUUUGCGUGAGCGUCCAAAUGAAUUAUUUAAAUAGAUCAUUGGACUUGUUUGAAACUACAAUUGUGACACCAAUUUACUAUGUAUGUUUCACAACAUUAGUAAUAAUCGCAUCUGCCAUACUAUUCAGAGAAUGGAAAAGUAUGAAUGCGGAAGAUACUAUUGGUUCGUUGUGUGGUUUUCUCACUGUGAUAAUAGCAAUAUUUUUAUUGAACGCAUUCAAAGAAUUAGACAUUAAUUAUGGCAAUAUAAAACAUAUGUUGCGACCUAAACGGGAAUUACUUUUAAGUAACAAUACUCAGUGGUCUAGUAGGGAUGACGAAAGAUUGAUAACAAGACUAGAAACAGAAUUAGAUCAUAACUAUGGAGCUCAAGCUUUAACAAGAAGUGUGUAGCAAUUGUGUUUCAAAUAUUUAUUGUGCAAUAAAAUAAACUUAGUAGGGUACAUCUGAUAUUAUGUUAUCGAUACGUUAAUUUAUAAAUGUGAAAAAAUUAUGUAAUUAUAUGUAAAUCCUAAGGAAUUUUCUUCUA